UGGCAGGCCUAACCUCAUUUUUGCCAUAUCUGGUAUCAGUGAAGGCAAUCAGCUGUUACGAAAGAAAAGAUAAAAGUGAGGAACCAAAUAAGAAAUUAACUUUAAUUUUUUCAACUUACACGAAUUAAAAAAAAAGCAAAAUGAAUAAGAUUUGUGCCAGUUUUAUCUCUGUGCUACGUUCCUCCAGCUCGGAAAAGUUUUACACAUCGUCAGUAAUUCUUGGACGGAGACUUUCAUUUAAAANUGACUUGUCGCUUGAAAAGUUGUACCCCAACAGUCGCCUCAAGCUCUAUACACCUCCACCGCCAACUAAAACAGGAGAAAAAUUCUCAGGUUUUAUACCCAUUAAUCAAUUGGAAAUCACAUACAGUCGCAGUUCCGGACCUGGCGGACAGCACGUGAAUUGCGUAAACACAAAGGUGGAUUUGCGUUUCAAAUUGGUAAACGCCGAAUGGAUACCUGAAAAAACAAGGCAGAAGCUGGUGGAAGGUUUGCAGAACAAACUCACCAAGGAUGGUUACUUUGUAAUUAAAAGCGAUUUAACACGAUCGCAGCAAAUGAAUUUGGCAGAUGCAUUAGAAAAACUACGUAAUCUUAUACGUGAAUAUGAGGUAGAGAAGGCAGUGCCGACUGAGGAAACCUUAGAGAAGCUGCGUCGCAGACAAGAAAAAGCCGCGCGUGAACGAUUACUCGUAAAACGCCAGAGAUCCCUUACCAAGUCCACGAGACAAGGACCUAGCAUAACCGAUUUGUAGAAAUAUUUUCAAACGAAAAAAAAAAAUCAUUAGAAAAUGUUGCAUGUAAAAAGUUAAUACAACAUUUGUAAAUUGUUUUAGUUAAAGAAGAACAAAAUGAUACAAAUAAACAUUACAUUUAAAUUG